AUGUGUUUCACAGAUUCAAGGCAACCUCUGAUCAAUGGGAAUACAACUGUUAAAGAGGGAGAUGUUCUGAAUUUGACCUGCAGUGUGGACAGUAUCCCUCCAGCUCUUAUUGUGUGGAAAGAUCCUAUCUCCAACACAAACCUUCAUAUUGGAACUUACACUGAUCUGUGCAAUGACACUGGAUCAGCUACACUUGUCAUUCAGAAUGUGACAGCAGAACAUUCUGGACAGUACAUCUGUUCAGCAAAACAUCUGGACACAACUCUGAUUUCUUACAUCAAUGUGACUGUGACUUAUUUAAGGCAACCUCUGAUCAUUGGGAAUACAACUGUUAAAGAGGGAGAUGUUCUGAAUUUGACCUGCAGUGUGGAAAGUAUCCCUCCAGCUCUUAUUGUGUGGAAAAAACCUAGCUCCAACACAAACCUUCAUAUUGGAACUUACACUGAUCUGCACAAUAACACUGGAUCAGCUACACUUGUCAUCCAGAACGUGACAGCAGAAGAUUCUGGACAUUACAUCUGUACAGCAAAACAUCUGGACACAACUCUGACCUUAUAUGUUGAUGUGACUGUGACUUAUAAAAGGAGACCACUGAUAACUGGGAAUACAACUCUUAAUGAGGGAGAUGUUCUGAAUUUGACCUGCAGUGUUGAAAGUAUCCCUUCAGCUCUUAUUGGGUGGAAAAAAGUUAGUGACAACACAAAUCUUCAGAGUGGAAUUCACACUAAUUUGCACAAUGACACUGGAUCAGCAACACUUUUCAUCCCAAAUGUGACAGCAAAAGAUUCUGGACAGUACAUCUGUGCUGCAAAACAUCUGGACACAAUUGUGACCGUAAAUGUCAGAGUGACUGUGACUUGGCUAUCAAAUAUUCAAAAUGGUUCAGGAUGUGUGCUUCAGUCACAGGUCUUGACCUGUGUGUGUAUCAUUGAAGGGUUUCCUUUACCUACCAUCCAGUGGUUGCCCCUCAAGAACAACACUGAGUACUCUGUCAUUACUGCUGUGUCAAAUGACACAGUCAACAGCACUGUCAGCCUAAAUGUAGAAAAGCAUGGCAACAUCACUCUUGAAUGUGUCAGCAACAAUGGAAAUGAAGAAGCUAAAGAAAAAUUCACAAUCCACAACAACUCUAAAAAAUAUGAGCAACCGUUAGAUUUAAGCAAGGGAUACCUAAAAGUCAUCGUUGCCUUUUUGAUUGGGACACUUCUUACAGCAGUUGUUUGCUUUUUGGCCAAAAAGUAUUACAGAAAAAAACAGAAGAGCUCUGGAAACCUUCAUGAGACUUUGGAGAUGGACAGACGUCAAGAUGAUCCACAGGUAUAUGAUGGUUCCCUAUUAGAAGAAAAUCAGACUCUGAUCUUAAACAGUGGACCAAAAGAAGUGGAGUAUGCUGACACUAAUUUAUCCCUUUGAAAAGAAAUAGUGCCAGGGAAGCAUUAAGGAGGAAAGUGAUAAAUGAUGCUCAAAUUAAGAAAGUAGUACAAGAAGAAGGUGGAGAUGAUGGUGGAGAAUAAGGUGAAAGAGGGGGAGGUGGUGGUACUGGAGAUAAAAGACUGUUUUCCA